UUGUCUCAUUUUCAUGAACAGAUUCCGGGGCUCUGCUGGGCAUGCAAAUGGACUUUGAAGAAGGUGAAGAAAUUGGCCGGACCAGAUGCAACAUCAGAGGAUAUAAGGGCUGUACUGCUGAAAGCCUGCGAUCAAAUUGGAAAACUGAAAAGUAUGUGCCGCGGAUUCGUGAAAAAGAACUUGGACGAACUAGUUGAGGAGCUCUCAACCACUGACGACGUGAGGACGAUUUGUGUCAACCUGAGAGCGUGCAAGCCAAAGGGGCUGAUGGACCUACUAUUCUACCAAAAUGAUGAAGACCCAAGCAUUAAGAUUUCUAAAUUCUAA